AUGAAUGCUAAUGCUCUUAUUCCUUCAUCACCACAAGAUUUGGGAUCUUUUGCAUCAUCCUCGGGGUCCUUCAAUUCAACAUCAAAGAUUUAUUAUGUAAUGUCGAAAUGGGUGAAUGACAUUGCUCGAUGUACUCUGCAACUCACCACUUCUCCGAAUGUCAUUCCCGUUUCAAUUUUGGGUCAAUAUCUGCUCGUCCUUCUCUAUUCAUGGUACUUUUUGGAUUACUGUUCCUUUGCAGUGGUGGCCGUCACUUGUCUCAUAGGUGGGUUCAAAGGUCGGAAAUAUAUCAAAGUGUUUAGUCGAGACAGUCACUUGGUUCCUACGACUGUAAUUGAGGAACGAAAUCGUCUCAUCGUCUGCCUCAUUCUCUUCUCCAUACGUUACUAUUUUCUUUCUCAAAUGAAAAUUGUCAUUAUUCCCUUGUAUUUCAUUUCAGUCAUGACCACCACUAUUUUACGAAGGAAUAGUCUUUGGUGGUCCAUUGCACCCAUGCUCUUUGUCUUUUCUCAAUUCAUCAUUGAAACAAGUACUCAGUUAUUAAGGGAAGGAUGGAAUGCAAAGAGUGUUCAAAUAUGUACAGAAAACUUGUCCUUUGUCAUUGUGAUUCUGCUAUUUACUUUCUUCACCAUCACAACAGGGAUGAAUCUAAAGAGCAAACUGAACAAGUUGGAACAAACGAGUGAACAAUUAGAACAAGCACUGAGUGCCAAACAAACUUUUUUAAGACACAUUAGUCAUGAAUUUAGAACACCAUGUCUCUCUUCAUUGGGAAGCGUCGAACUCUUGAAAGAAACCACUCUCACGGAAUAUCAGAGAGAUUUGGUCGAAACGAUUGCGUCAGCAGAUGGAAUUUUGUUGAAUUUAAUUGAAGACAUUUUGACGUUGGCUAAAAUUGAACAUGAAAAAAAGUUGGAAGAGAAGGAAGAAAUUGUCGACACUUCAAAAUAUGUUCAAGAAUUUAGUUUGGGACAUUGUGUGAAAAUGAUUGGAAAUAUUAUCAAGAGUUAUUCCACACAAUUCAAUGUGAAUGUUUUGGUCAAAAUUGAUGAAAUGACCAAAGAUAUUGUUGUGAGAGCAAAUCAAACAAGAAUUCAUCAAAUUAUUUCAAAUUUAAUGACAAAUGCAGUGAAAGCCUCAAAAUCAGGAGAUGAUGUUGAAUUGAUUUGUGAAACGAAUUGCAAUGAAAAGAAAUUGGUGAAUGGAGUGAUGGAACAAGAUGUGAUUUUCAAAGUGAAAGAUCGAGGAGUUGGAAUUCCAAAAGAGAAACAACAAGUCAUAUUUGAACCUUUUUCUCAAUUACAUAAUGUGAAUGAAUCGAUUUAUCCAAGUUCUGGUCUUGGAUUGAACACUGUGUUGCACAAUGUCACUUCCAUGAGAGGAACUAUUCAUCUGGAAUCUGAUGUUGGAAAAGGUUCUGAAUUCACAGUCACUCUGCCACUUGAAAUUGUACCUUCUCCAUCCUUAGUCAAUAGUCCAAUGACUUGUAGUUUAGAAGAAGAACAGUUGAAGAAACAGCUCACAAAUCCUGGGGUUUCCGAAUCCGUGGACAUCGAUCCAUCUCUAAAGAAACAACUCUCCAUUCAAGAGAAUUAUUUGAAAUUAUUUGCUACUUCGGACCGAACUGUUGUGUCCAAGAAUAAUGCUCAGAUCAUCAUUGCCGAUGACAAUGCCAUUAAUCGAAAGGUCAUUGUCAAGUUGAUUGAAAGUUUGGGAUAUGAGACCGAUGCAGUGUGUGAUGGAAAGCAACUCAUUGAGAACAUUGAUGAGAAGAGACACAAAUUAGUAUUUACAGAUAUUAAUAUGCCAAAUUUAAAUGGAUUGGAAGCAGCAAAAUUCAUUAAGGCCAAAUUCAAAGAUCGUAUUCAUAUUGUAGCACUCACAGGAGAUGUCUUGUUGGAAACACCUCCAUCCAUUUUUGAUUCAGUGAUUACGAAACCAUGUCGGAAAGCAACACUCAAGAAAUGCAUUGAAAGUAUUCCAUCUCUCAUAGCUUGUAAACAUGAUGAUUGA